AUGCUUCCUGGGAUUCUAUCAGCUCCACAGCGGCGUGGUGACCACCUUUUGGCGGCUUCCGAAGAAGCGGGCGAGGAUUCGAUAGAAUCCCAUUUCCCGUCACCGCCUUACCGUUCAAUUUCCCACUCUUCCGCGUCGCCUUCCUAUCGUUCGGUACCAGUGGCCAGCUCUUCAAACCCCCAUUUGGAAUACUACCCACCGAUUCCGUCUUACAGUCAGGACGAGUACAACGACCAAUUAAAUGUUAUGCAAGAAAAGAGAGAAAAGCACGCUAGCUACUCAGAGGCCCCAUCCAUGGUAGACGUGACGCUCGAAGAGCAUGAUCCUAGGUCGAGGCCAGCCAAAGUUCAGUUUUCGGAGGAACUGAAUAAGGUAUCGCCUCCUUCAUUCCAGCGCAAGGAUUCCGACUUUGUCAGCUCGGCACCGUCGUCUAUAGCUGGAACGGACGAAGAGGAUUCAGAGGACUAUGAUUGGUCUGGUGAAGAAGAUUUGGUGGAUGAAGCGGCAAAAUUCGGAUCGCAGAUUGGUGGAGGGGACAAGCAGAAUAAGUGGGGUUUCAAAAGGAUGCUAGAAUUCUUAUUUUCAUCCCUGAUCGGUUCAACUUUCCUGGCCGGACUGCUAGUCACGCCUGCUCUUUUCGUCCAUUUCUACUGGUACAAACCCCACCCUACUGAGCAUCGUCGCUACGUCAACCAAAACGUACAAGCGUGGUUGGUCUGGGCCGCAUCUAAUCUCGUCAUCUCCUGGUAUCUUGCGAUGAUUGUCGACAUUAUCCCUAUCAUUGUGCGCUACUUCAUAUCUGCUACCUGGGGCCAUGUAUCGGAAGCUGUGAAAACCAAGAUAGAACUCUACGACUCCGUGAAAGAUACCUUCAAACCUGCAUUGUAUGCCUCGAGUACAUACGCUAGCUGGGUGAUAAUAUUCGGCAAUAUAUACAAACUAUAUGAUGCGAGCAACGCAUCGCAGAGCCGUGCUUCAUAUACCCAGCGACUGUCCGAGGCUGUCGAAUUCUUCUUCUUUUUCGUCAUUGUGCGGUGCGUGCAAAGGAUGCUCUCUCACUUUAUAGCUUUUUCUUUUCAUCGCACUGCCUACAAAGAACGGAUCGAAGGUGUACAGGAAGCACUUGCAGUUAUCGAGAAACUUCGGGAUUUUCGACCCAAAUUGCGUGCUCCCCGCAUGAAAUCAAGAGGACGGAGUAAUCUCUUUUCAGGGUUCAGCCCAGGUACUCUUUUACAGGAGGAAGAUCCAGACUCUUCAAGCGGUGCGCUGUAUACAGCCUCACCACUUGUAUCACGCUCCAAUACUUGGUACGAAGACGAAAGCAAUGAUGGUGACAUCGAAGAAAAGGCUAUUCCAAGUAGGCAACGCGUGAAGGUGACAGAUUCUUUCUCUUGGCUUGGAGAGGACAAGAACUUGAGACUGUUGAGACGAGCGGAGGACGGGAACAUGUCAUACCCUGAAUCUAGUGGACGAAGAAAUGCGGAUGGCUACAGCAAGCGGGAAAACGCAGCUAAUGAGAUGGAAAUGGUACCUCCCUCCCUUCCGCCUUCACGACCAACGACACCGACUUUUAACCCCAACCCCCAUCGAUACCCUCCCAGUGUAAAAAAUUCCCGGUCAAGCUUUGACGCCUCUGUGGAGCUGGACACAACCCUUGUAAAUGCAGCCAAAGUACUAAAAAACGCCGUUUUACAUGACGCGCGGAAUAUUAGGGGUAAAGACGACGAUCUGGGGGGAUUGUCGUGGAAUGUAAAUUCUGCAUAUGAAGCUAAACACCUUGCGCGGUCUAUUUACACGCGGUUGAAAGAUCGACACAGGACGUACCUCAUCGCGGCUGACUUUUAUCAAGCAUUCCCAGACCACGCAUCAGCGGAAGCUGCCUUUCGCGUCUUUGAUAAGGACAGUCAUGGGGACAUUUCUCGGGCAGAACUAAAAACUGCCGUAUUAAAAGUCUAUAAAGAGCGUCGGUUCCUAUCCCGCUCCAUGCGCGAUGUUGGAGAGGCACUGAAGACCCUAGAUCGCAUGUUGAUGUUCCUUGCAGCUGUGAUUUUGGUAUUCAUCGGUUUGAGCGUCUUUGGAGUGCAAAUCGGAAGUUCGCUUACCAGUCUAUAUUCGCUUCUUAUUGCGGCUAGCUUUAUAUUCAAGAACACAGCGAGUUCUAUGUUCGAUGCCGUUAUGUUCUGCUUCGUCACACAUCCGUACGACACAGGCGAUCGAUGUUUUGUGGACAACGAAAACCUAGUUGUCAAAAAAGUCGGGCUCUUUGCUACCGUUUUCGCUCGUUCCGACGGCACGCAAACCUAUUAUUUCAACAGUCAACUGUUCACAAAGUUCAUCACGAAUGUCCGGCGGAGUGGUAAAACAUUCGAGAAUCUCACUAUGCAGGUGGCGUGGCGCACCCCUCUUCAAAAGCUUGACGCCUUGGAAAAGUCGCUCAAUACUUGGUUAUCGACUGAAGAGAACCGAUGGUUUGAACCAAGCACGAGCAUAACCCUGCAGAACAUCUCCUAUCAAAAAUAUCUAGAAAUCACCAUCGGCAUCGGUCAUAAUGGGUCAGGAACCACCUCUCUCGAAGAACGAUUUGUGAGAUUGACAGUAUGCUCCAGUAAUUGGCAAGAUUGGGGCCUUCGAAAUUCCCGCAAAACGGCCUUCCAUGCUGCUGUCCACUACUAUUGUCGUCAACUUGACAUCGUUGGAUGUGAAGCGCCGAUGCCCAUUGUCUACGCAGAUCCAGUGACAGGGAGAUACACGCCUCAUCACACCGCUGGAUUUGAAGUCGAUGAUGAUCCCCGAACACCCACGCUCGAUACAUCCCCCAGUCCUGGCGGUCAAGAGGAAGCAGAAGAUGGCGAACUUAAGGCUAAGGAUGUGAAGUCACUGCUUGGUUUUGUGCCGCCGAGUUCACUCACUUUGCACCGCGCCACACGUGUCAGGAAAAGUAAAAGUAGAAAAGAAAAUGUGGGGGCAACGAAUGGUUGA